AUGAGAGCUCUACAUCUACUCAUCACUCUCUUAAUCCUAUUCCUUUCCACACCAUCCGACGCCCUCCGAAUCACCACUCGCCUCAUCCACCGCGACUCGCGGUUCUCUCCGCUCUACGACGCCGCCGCGACCGCCGCCGACCGAGCAGAGAGAUCGGUGCGAGCUUCCCUCGCCCGCCUCCAGCUGGCGUCGUCCCUGUCAUCAACGACGUCGGAUGACGAUCAGGGCGCGGCAGCUGGGAAUAAUGACAAUAUUGAGGCCCCACUGGUUCUGGCCGUCAACCAGAACUUGUUCUACGUCAACUUCUCGAUCGGCGAGCCGCCCGUGCCGCAGCUUGCCGUCAUGGACACCGGCAGCAGCUUCUCGUGGGUGAAGUGCCUGCCUUGCAAUCUCUGCUCCUCGCCGUCGCCGGGAUCUGGGGCCACGUUCUUUGAUCCGUUGCAGUCCAGGACUUACACGCCACGGUCGUGUACCAAAGAGUGCAGGAGGUGCACUACAGGAACGGGACCCAGUUACUGCAUGUACGCAAUAGACUACCUCAGCGGCCAUUCCUCCUCCGGAGUCUACUCCACCGACCAGCUGACCUUCCGCACCUCCGACGACGGCGUCACCACCGUCCCCGACGUCCAGUUCGGCUGCUGCCACAACCUGACCGGAAUCAAGAAGCCCGACCAGCACGCCACCGGAAUCCUAGCACUGAGCGGGAAACGAAGCCUGCCGUUUGGAGAGACGCCUCUGGUCGUCAGACUGGGUUCAGUAUUCUCAUACUGCAUCGGCAGCAUCUUCGACCGCUCUUACCUUUACAACCGCCUGUCCAUCGGCGCCGGCGAUGCGGACUUGGCCGGCGACUCGACGCCCUUCAUCACCGACCACAUCGGCCACUACUUUCUCCAACUUCAGAACAUCAGCUUGGGAGGCCAGGUACUCGAUAUACCGAGCCAAGUGUUCACCAAGAUCUCAAACCAACAAGGAAUCACUCUGGACAGCGGAUCGGAGCUGAGUUUCCUCUACACCGACGCCUUCGACGUGGUGAAGUCGGAGGUGCAGAAGCUGGCCUCCUCGGUGCUCACCGAAGUUCCCGGCGGCAAGGGAGCGUACGAGCUCUGUUACAGAGGCUCCGUGAACGUAGAAGCGCAAGGGUUCCCGGUGCUGGGGCUUCACUUCGCCGACGACGCGGAUCUGGUGGUGGAUAAUACGGGGAUGUUCUAUCAGGUGGAGGAGGAUGUGUUCUGCUUGGCGGUUCUUAGGUCGAACAGUGUUAGUAUCGUUGGGGUGAUGGCGCAGCAGGGUUACAAUGUUGGGUACGACUUGAAGGCGUCUAGGGUUUAUUUUCAGGACAUUGAUUGCCAGCUUUUGGAAGGGUAG